UGUGCAGAUCAAAAGUCAGUCCAUAAUUUGUGGCAAGGCUUAAAAACUAAACUAAGACUCCCCAAACAGACUGAUGGGUACUUUUUGUUCUUUUACAAAAAGUCAUCUAUGUAGAUGAAUAAAGUUGGUGGAGUGUUGAUUAAGGAAGACAGAAGAUAAAUACAGGCCACAAUUUUUUAUUUAUUUCAAAGGAUAUUUUUCUUCUAUUGCAUAAAAAAUGUACAGAUGUGGAAGGGGUAUGAAUACUUUUUCCAAAAUACUAUGUAUUGUUAUUUCUUUAUAGUUACUUGAACCUCUCUCAAUUUCUCCCUCCUUACUAUGUCAAUGUCACUAUCAAGCAUUAUUUUAUGUCCCAAACUUUGUUUAGGAUAUAUAUACAACCUAUUUAUUAUAUGCAGCAACAUUUCUAAAUAAAACUUGAUGAAAUUAUUUAGGGAUGAUAAGAGUUUUUUUUUCAUAUUUCUUGUGUUUAGCCCAUAUUGCUGUUCCUUUUAUUUCUUUAAGACUGAAGUCACAGCUUUUAAGUUUGUUAGAUUCAAGUAAGAAAAAUUGGGAUGGGAAAUUGCAUCAUUCAUGCAUUGGAAUAAGAUAGAAGAUCAUACUAUUCAGGCCAUGAUGACAUGACUGAAUUAUGCACUUUUUACAGUUUCUUCUCAAAAAAACUGGGUCAAACCUAAAUUUUCAAACUGCUAGAUAAACUAAUUAAGUUUCAUAUUACAAUCAUGUUUAAUACAUUAGGCAUUCUGAUGAGACUGGUUUGUCAGAUUAAAAGUAAAAUUUUUAAGCAAGUAUUAAAAACAUUUCUGUAUUGAAAAUGUUUUUUUUAAUUGUUUCUCAUGUAUUCUAAUAUUAGUCUUUUCAUGAGCUGUAAAUGGGAAAUCAUCAUCACUUUACAAAAGGCUUGGGAACAUCAGUUGGACUGUGAUUAAUCCAUAUAAUGUGUUUAAUUUAGCCAACCAAGUAACUGAAAUAAAUGACCCGUUCAAUAAUAUGUUAAUUUAUUGAGUAUAGCUUCACAGCUGACCUCACCUCAACCAUCAGUAUCUAUCUUUCUUUAAAAGCAAUUUCUUUAGUGUUUACCACCCAUCAAAGUCAAACAUUGUCUUUGGAAAUACUAAUAUUUAUUUUGGAAAUACUAACAGUAAUAUAUUGUUUUAAAAUAUUUCUAUGAACUAAAUCGGGAAAACUGUCACAGUCAGCCUUUACUUAGGAGUUACAAUUACAUUAUACAAUUGCAUUAUAAUCAUAUAAUGCAAUUGUACUAUAUUUUUUUAUAGUACAGUAUUUAUCAAUACACAUCACAAUUAGGACAAUUCACAGUAAAUUUAUUGAUGUCAGCAUAUCUAUAUAAUAAAAAUCUAAUGUAUCCAUCAUUCACUUUCUCCAUGUUCCAGAAAGUGCAUAGAGAAAGUGAGAAAUUUAUUCUAUACAUAAUGUAUGUUUGAUUUUAAAUUCAGGAACUACUGUAAAACUAAACUAAACUAAACACAAAAAGCUCAGAAAGUAGCAACAACUGUCAGCUUGCUUCUAAAUUAAAAGUAGAAAGCAAACAAAAGUAGCAGAAAGGCACACUUAACAUCGGAUUGACUAUUGUUUCAUAAACAAAUUGUUGAUAGAGGCAAUUGUCAGUUAAACUUGCAUUUUAGGACAUCUGAAGCUGACAAAGGUGAAAUAAAAACAUUUAGGAACCUCAACCCUUAUUUUUACAUAAAAAAUGUUACAACUCCUAUAUGUUCAACACUGGCAAUUGUCCAAAAAGUCAAAUGUAUUUUAAUCAGUCUGAAAUAGCAAUGUAUAUUAUGUUGUAAAAAUUAAAAAAGGAAUUAAUCCUAUGCCAUUUAAAAUGUUUAUCAAAUGUGAUUUGUGUGUGAAAAGGUAUUUUCUAUAUUAAUUAAAUAAAUAAAUGCAAGCUAAGAAUUACAAUAAUGUAACAUGAUUCUUUGGGUUGGAUUUGUUCACUGCAUACAAGCUUUGAUCUGUUGCAGCUCUGACUUCUGUUUAAAAUGCAUCUUAACCCUUGUAUAAUAAAACACCUCGCAUCUCCACUUCAUCUCACCCUAUUACUAGCCUCACAACUCCCCCUGGUGCUGACUGAGGUGGAUGCUCAAUGAGGUGCAAGAAGUAAGGUUGCAUGAUGAAUGUUAGGUGGGUGGAAGGUUGCCUACAUGUUGUGCAGACAAGAAAAGAGCUCCUCUGAUGUAUUAGGUGAGUUUGUGAAAGACAGAGACUGUGGAGACAAGCUUCUUAGAGACACUGAGUGAUAUUUGCACCGGCAACAGGACUGAUUAUUACCAAAGUAUGCUGUGCCUCGGCAUAAAAUUUUACAAUUUGUUUCAGAUAUCUUCUUAGCUAAAAGAUGCAAAGACUGGGUUACUUUCUGAACAGGCAAGCACCCAAAAAUACCCCUGCAGGAAUAUUACAACCAGAGAUUUACUAGAUACCCUCAGGAGAAGAUUAGAAUCCCUUAGAGGAAUAUUGUUUCUAGAAUAACAGGCGGUUCUGUCCUAAUUAGAGUGUUUGAUUCAAAUGAAUCAAAUGGGUAGAGGUGAAUUGGCUAUGGCUAAUGAUUGUUGUGUAUAUUCCAGCAGCAGGCCUGCAGGGGUCCUGCAGAGAGAAAAAAAAAAGCUAAUUAUCUGAGCAAUCUGAUUCAAAGUAGUAGGCUUAAAAGGUGCAAUGAAUUAGGCCCUUACUCCACCAUAGCCCAAUGGGGUCCAAAUAAAUCUAUUGUGUGACAAUCAGGGGGGCAAUCAACUGUUACUUUAUUAGCUGAUAUACUACUUUAUACUUGCAAAUCUCUAAACAAUUAUAUUGUUUAUUAAAACUGUGAACAUCUUAAUUUUUAUUUUCAACAAAGCUUUAAUUUGGCAUAAACAUGGAAAACAUAGGACCAAAUGUGACCACAUUAAUGAUACUCACUAUACCAACAUAUCAGUAUUUGAAUCCUUAAUUGCUUUUCAAUAGUAGAACAAGGAUUGACUAAUUAAUACCUAACUGCAGUAAUUUGUUAGACUGACAGUUGUGUUACAAUCACCAAGCUGGUGCAUAUGCCUCAAACAAAUCAAUUUAAUUCAGGUCACUUUUCUCUGACUGAUAAAGGAAUUAAUAGCAGUUCUUCUCUACACCAUAGACUAUAAUUCCUCAAAUAAUUCAAAUAUUUCUACAGUGCACUGUAAUUCAAAGCUUGCCUCUGUCCAGGGGACAAGCAUGGCUUUUAUUUGUUGUUGUUUUUUGAGCAGGGUAGUUGGAAUUAUGAUCAUGCCAACACAAAUAUGCAGUUUUGUCUGUUUUCUUCAUUAAAAAUAUGCCAAUUGUUUUGCUUCUUAAAAAUCAAAGCUGAAAUAUGUGCUGCAAAACUAUUUCUACCCCUGGGACAUUUUCACAUGGUGAAUUGUACCAACCAGACUUCAGUGUGGUACAGUGAAUUUUUAUGUGAAAGACCAACACAAUGUAGGACACCAUUUUCAACAAUAUUUUUUAAAUAACAAAAACAAAACAAAAAACCCCCUGAAAAGCACGGUCGGCUUUACUAUUCUGUGUCCCUUCACUUGGAUACCCCAAAUAUAAUGUAGUGCAACUUUGUAAUUGUAAUUUGACAAAGGGCAAAAAAGCUUAGGUUGUAUGAAUAUUAUUAUACUAAUACUACUAUAUUUUCACUUUUGGAAUGACUGUAACCUGUAGCACCUUUACAUUGGUUACCAUUGUUUACUUUUAAACAUAAGUACAUUAUUACCAACAUUAUGUAGUAUUUUUAAGUUGCAUGCACAAAAAAGACAGUUAUGACUAAUGAAAUUAUAAAGGAGGAUUUUAAUUUUCACAAAUACCAACUGAGUAAUUUCACUUUCUAAACAGGUGAUAUUCCCAUUAGAGUGCUCUCUUAAUUAUACACCAGAGGGAGGGAGAAACAGUGGGCAGUAAUAGUGUUUACUCCCAGAAGUAAUGUUAAUGUAUGCAAAGAUUUUUAAAGCUUUAAAACAUGAAAAUAACCUUCACUGAGUUUAUUAUGAAUGUACAACAUACAUAACAGAUGUGAAUUUAAGAAUAUUAACAGUCUAAUGGAAAAACAGCUCAGUAAACAGGUAAAAUAAAUACUUUGUUUAAAUUCAAUAAAAAAAAUAAGCAAGGCAACCUUAAGAUCUUACGAAUAAUUUCUAAAUAAGUUAUUUAUUAACCUGGCUUAAUAAAUAGUGAAUAAGUAUGAGACUUUUCAUUCAUUGAUGCAGAACCCCUUUUUGGCAGUUAGAUUAUAAUUUUUUAAUUAUUUUGUUAUUUUAAAGUAGUUCCUUAAAUAAUUACAGAUAAAGACCAAUUUGGAAGAAUGUAUGUGUGCAGGGUCAAAUGUUAAAAAAAAAGAAGAAAUGCACACUCUAAAAUGACAAAAAAUCUAACUGGUGCCUGGGAAAUUAAGGUGCAUUUUUAUUGAAAAGUGUACGUUGUACUCUACAAUCUUAUUUCGUAGGGAUGAACCCAAAGUAACGCAUAAGGUUUUUACAGAGAAGACACCGGUUGCGACCUGAUCAAGGACAGAGCAGGCUCGGCUGUGAGACUGCAGCACGGUGCGCAGUGACCGGCUGCAUCCACUGGGGGAGGACCGAGCUCCGCCUGCACGCGCUGCGGUACAUGAACGACUUUCUCACUAAGACUCUCCAUCAUCACACACAAUGGGAGGGAUACAGGAGUAUAGGUAAGGCUACAGCGGCAGACAUACAGAUGUGUGAUGCUCAGACUCAACCAUGGGGCCAUUUACCCUCGCCUGUGCCAAUGUAAACUUUUACCCACCCUCCUUUCUAUUCGCCGCUAUCGAGUGGAACUGUCUUUGAUGCCAACUCGCUGCUGGCACACCUGCUUUUGCUUUUUGCUUUUUUUUCUCGUCUUGAUUGGUGUUGCCGGUACACCAGGAGCGAUGCAGCACCAACGGGGGAUGAAGUGCCAGUAGAUCCUGUUGAAUUGAGGCACGGCGUCGAGACGCAGCCAAAAAAAGUGUCCUCCUCAGAGUGCGUCAGAGCACGGAUGUAUAUGCUGGAUGUAGAUGUGGAUAUGGUUGCCCACCGGAUACGACGAGGGAUUUGUGAUAUUACACCCCAAAAUCAAGAAGAGGAUUUGAGCACAGACGGAGAGCUGCAUCCUCACCCAGCAUUCCUCCGCCUUCUCCUCUUCCAUCAGAUUUGUUUGUAGGGGGGACAGAGGCUAUUUCUUUUGGCCCCCCAUUUAAAUCUGCUGAGCGCAUCGUAGGAACAAAGUCAUUCAGAUUCAUCGGAGCUCCAAAACAUAAGAGCGAAGACCCAUAAAAAAUCUCAUCUCAUAAAAUGGCAACCAUGGACGACCACGGAGGAUCAAAAGACACCUUUUGGGGCUGAGAAAUUAACCACCUGAUGGGCACCAGAGAAACCGAAGAAAGACUGUUUGGGUGUCGCUUGUUGACUCGGUGAUUUAUCAUGCUGAGCAUAAAAGGGGCGCUGCAAGUUUGACACAGCGUCUGCGUAACAGGGUAUGCCACCGGCCCUGGUGUUUUUUUGGUUAUGGUAAUGAUGUCAUAAAAUAUAUACUGGGCGCAACAAGAUAUGCUCAUCAAUGUUUUUUUUUUUUUUUAUCAUGUAAGUAGCAAAGAGGACUCCAGCCAACAUGGACCUUACUGAGGUGUGUUUGUUAAUCUGACUUUCUAAACGAUUGAUGCCUCAGUCUCUCUCUGUCUGCGCGACAGAGCUGCAACUUUUAUCCGCUGGUCUGCAUCCCCCUUGACGAGGGUUCUGUAGCCUUCGCGGACCGAACCUUUACAAAAAUGGAGUUUGCCAUGGUGGGUGCGGACGGCGGGUGCAACAGUCACCUGCCGUAUGGAUAUGCCCAAGCCCGCGCGCGGGAGAGGGAGCGCGAGAGGGAGCGUCAGGCUGCCCAGUCGAGAGCGGCGGCGGCGGCCGCGGCUGCAGCAGCCGACGGUGGCUCAUGUGCGGAGGGAGGCGCGGGGGGGCCCACCUCCGCCACCUCCUCGGGCGCUCAUCUCCUUAACAACCGCCAACAUCAGUCUCGCGCCGCCUCCUCCUCCGCUAACAUCAGCAGCAGCGGCGCCGCCUCGCGCCCCUCCUCCUCCUCCACCUCCUCGCAGCAGGAGCCCGAACAGCAACAGCAGCACAGAGUUCUCAGAGAGCGGAAAAAGCAGCGCGGCGUCGGUCGGUGGAGGCGCAACCGGAGCACUCUCGGAGGGGACUUGCGCCACUCGGAGCUGGCGCUGCUCGGAUCCGAGGAGGACAUCAUGAUAGAGGAGGAAGAGGCCGAGGGAGCGGAGGAAGAGGAGGAGGAGGAGGUGGAGGGGGGAGAGGCGGCGGAGGGCGGCCGAGGGAGCAAGAGGUCGAGCUUUCUGUGCAACAUGGAUGAUGAGGAGGAGACCGUGUCUAUCACAGACAGGCGUCCCCAGUCCGGAUACGAGAACGUUUACAGCGAGUGCGGCUGCUGUGAGAGGGUCGUCAUCAACGUGUCGGGGCUGAAGUUUGAAACUCAGCUGAAGACGCUCACUCAGUUCCCGGACACCCUCCUGGGAGACCCCGACAAGCGAAUCAGGUACUUUGACCCACUGAGGAAUGAAUACUUCUUCGACAGGAACCGGCCGAGUUUUGACGCCAUUCUUUACUAUUACCAGUCAGGAGGGCGGUUAAAAAGACCUGUCAACGUCCCGUUUGACAUCUUUUCCGAGGAGGUAAAGUUUUAUGAACUCGGCGAGGAGGCGAUACUGAAGUUUCGGGAGGAUGAGGGGUUUGUGAAGGAGGAGGAGAAACCUCUGCCGGAGGACGAAUUCAAGCGCCAGAUUUGGCUCCUUUUUGAGUAUCCAGAGAGUUCGAGUCCUGCCAGGGGCAUAGCGGUGGUGUCUGUCCUGGUCAUAGUCAUUUCUAUUGUCAUUUUCUGUCUGGAGACGCUGCCCGAGUUCAGGGAUGAAAAAGAGUAUCUGCAGCCACGCCACAACUCCUCUCAGCCUGACCACGGAUUUACACCUUUCAAUGACCCGUUUUUCAUCGUGGAGACGGUCUGCAUCAUCUGGUUCUCCUUUGAGAUUAUAGUUAGAUUUUUUGCGAGUCCAAGCAAGACAGCUUUCUUUAAAAACAUAAUGAAUUCCAUAGAUAUCGUGUCCAUUUUGCCUUACUUUAUAACCCUCGGCACGGACCUGGCGCAGCACCAGGGCAACGGGCAGCAGGCGAUGAGCUUCGCCAUCCUGAGAAUAAUCCGCCUGGUCAGGGUGUUCCGCAUCUUCAAACUAUCCAGACACUCCAAGGGGCUGCAGAUCCUGGGGCAUACCUUGCGCGCCAGCAUGCGGGAGCUGGCCCUCCUCAUUUUUUUUCUGGUAAUAGGCGUCAUCUUGUUCUCCAGCGCGGUGUACUUCGCCGAGGCGGACGAGCCCACCUCGCAGUUCACGAGCAUCCCCGACGCUUUCUGGUGGGCCGUAGUUACCAUGACCACGGUGGGCUACGGCGACAUGAAGCCAAUCACUGUCGGUGGGAAGAUAGUGGGCUCCCUUUGCGCGAUCGCGGGCGUGUUGACCAUCGCGCUCCCGGUGCCCGUAAUAGUGUCCAACUUUAACUACUUUUAUCACCGGGAGACGGACAACGAGGACCAGUCGCCCGUGGUGGAGAGCAUGCCACCGGGCUGCCCGUACUUCCCGGACUUUCUUAGGAAGUUCAAAGGCUCGCCGUCUGGCUCCUCGCUGGGUGACAAAGGGGAGUACAUGGAGAUGGAGGAGGGGGUGACGGAGUCGCUCUGCGGGUUGGACAAAAGCCCCAGUAAAGGAAAUGGCACAGACAUAAGUAGAAAAAACAGUACUAACUCGAAAUCAAUUCAGACUGACGUGUGACUAAGAGUUUUAUUUUAUUAUUUUCUAAACAAGAUACACAUCCGAUUAAAGACUCUUCUUCUUCUGGCCAGCAGCAGCUGAUUCAUACUCCCAAUAGGCCUAUAUACGUUUUACGCACGCCUCAGAGACCCCUCACACACACUUUCACACUCAUAGGCCACCAAUUGGCACCUUAAUAGCAUCCAUGCCUAAAUUUGCCUGAUAGACACAAAUAUAUCCGUUUAUCCAGUGUGGGCUUCCAAAUCUGACAUGGAAUCUAAAUUAGACAACAGGCUAUGCAUUCGCACUUUAUGACUUUCAUCUGUCACAUCACAGGGGUAGGGAUGGUCGUUUUUUGCUGUUAUGCAAUAAAGUUAAAAUUUGUUUGCACUAUAACGUAGAAUUUGCGCUGGGUUAGAGACAGUAACUGUAGGCCAUUCAGAUGGCAACAUUGUAGUCAUCCUCUGCUCACCUGGAUACAGAAUGUAUGAGUAGAGAAAAGGGGAAACUAUUUCACUUAGUCUGCCAGAAAACAAAAAUGUAAAACUGAGCUCUACUUACAUAAAAAGCCUAAGAAAGAAUACUUUUAUCUUUGUUCAUUUAAAAUACUCAAACAAAAAUGACCUACACAUUGAUGAGAUAUGUCAUAAUGUAGGCAUUAAAUAAACCAGGGCUAUAUUGAAAUAAGCUUUUCCUUAUGAGGCCAAAAAUAAUAAUAAAAAAGACCCACAAUGAGAGCUAAGCACAGGUGUCAUCAUUGUUUAAAAUGGCUGAAGAAGUCACCCAGCCCAGGUUUUCUAUGAACGCUCUUAAAGCCUCGGCUGCAACAUUUAUUUUUUUUCAUUAAAAGCACCUCAAAAUGACAAUAUCCCUUUACAAAGAUGAAUAUGGAAAGUUACAGCGUACAAGACUCUGACGUGGGAACUCUUUAAAAGGAGAGAUUAUGAGCAAUUUUCUCGCCUUUCUGCUGGACUCAGUGCACAAAAAGGUAUAUAUAUAUAUUUAUAUAUAUACCUAUAUAUAUGUUUUUUGCUCAAGAGGACUUUUAUCUCCGAGCACAGAAGAUAAUCAGGCUGUGGAUGUCUUCCAAGCGCUGCCAGUUACAGAGAGAGGGAAUAUCCCCCCCGUCUCUGGAGAGUGCAGACAACAAGCAAAACAUUGUGACCAGUCAACUUCAAGCACUAGUGGACACUGAAAAAAGCAACAACCGGACGGGACCUCGAACAAAUUCUGAGAAGCAGGGACGAAAGCUGCUGUAAUCCGUCAGUACACAAACCCUCAAAGGGUUGAGACCGGACUUGGAAAAAGAGUAAGUCGUGGCCCCAAAUGAUUGCCUUAAUUACACAUAUAUAAAUGUAUGGAGUGAUGACACUAAGAGACUUAUAAAAUUUAAAGAUGUUUUCUUUUGAUGUGAAAAAGUGUCUUGUAAGGAACAGAUGUGAAUAUUUUAAUAUGAUAGAGAUGUUCGGUUGUAAUGUCGACAUUACGUUUUAGCUGGGUCGGCUUUGUAGGCAUCAUAGGUUCUUAAACAGUAUGUUGGCUGUCUGCUCUUAUGCGGACAGUACACAUUUAUUUUUCUUGUUACAUAUUGUCAACAGAACAAGGCUGGCCUGAGUUGCUGGCAACAGAAAUCUUGAUUUAUAUUCAUAACACAAGAAAAUCCUCAUUUAGGCGAUGUAUAAAGUUAUGGGAGAGAGCGCAGCACACGGAAAUACAUCGGAAGAGUAUCUUCUUUUAUCAAGAUCCACUUACACUAAAGCAAAGAUGUCAGUCACAUAAACACCUGUCAUAAAUAUCUGCCACAUUCACUUUCUAUCAGGGUGAAAUGGCAGACGAAACUCGGCGAGUUUUCACCUUGCGGUUUAUUGAUGAGAUAAAAUACUUUACUCUUUUUCCUUUUUUUUUUCUAAGAUUCAAAUUUAGAGCUGACCAGCUGCUUUGCUGAUAUGUUUCACUCUGAAUUUACUGUAUGCAAAAGUAACAUGAACAUGUGUUCUAUAUUUUUUUAAACCUAGCCUUGAUAAUUACAUAACCAAAGGUGAAACCCUGAAUUUAUUGUAUGUUGUGGACUUCUGAAAACGUUGUGAUAUAGAUGCACUCCGAAUAGGAGGGGGAUUUAAAAAAAAUGUAAAUAUCAGACGUUUAUACAUGUGUGUCCGAAGAUGUGUUGCAGGUACAGUAAUUUUUUUUUGAGACUUUUUUUUUACUUUCUUUGACUGUUAUGACCAUCAACCACAAGAAUCUAUGUUUGGUUUGUUGAAAACAUGAUAAAAUCACAUUCCUCAUGUUGUUACUAAUGCUGCUCAAACAUUCUUCAUUGCUGUUGAUUUUUUUCUUGCAUUUUUCUUGCAGUAGUACAUGAGUUUGCCAAUCAUUGUGCAGCUUUAUCUGAAAACCAUUGGACUUAGUUACAUCUCUUAGACCUGCAACGUUGCCUGUGAAUGAAAUGAGUAGAAAAGUCAGCUGCCCUACCAGUAGUACUAAGUAAUAGCUCAUAUUUAUUUUUUAUAAAGACAGUGUUUUAUUUCCUUAUUUUUUCCUUUUCCAUACAGUGUUAGUUACCCUGGCACUUAAAAGCUUGAAUUUAGACUUCUUAAACUUAGUGUUUCCUAAAGAAAAUCCAAAGUUCACAUUCCUGCUCUUUCUGAGAAUUUGUAUUUGUACUUGCCUCUUAAAUUGUAUCCCUCAGAAAAAAGAAAAAAAUGUUUACUGAAUGUUCCAAAUAUUUCCUUAGUGUCAAGAAGCUUGUAACCAAGAAAUAGUUUUAAAAUAAAUGUUAGGUAGUUUACAAAGAAAAUCAUUAUGGAGAAGAUGUAUAUUGAAAAGACGUAGACAAUUAUUUUUUUGUCAUUUUGUUAAUAAAAAUAUUUUUUUUUUAACCAAGACCCAGGGUUUAUUUAAUGAAGAGAAAAUUUAUUUCUUCUCCAAAAUACAAAUGAUAUAGAAAAUAAAACAUGAAAACAGCAAGAGAUUAUACUAUACAAUAUUGAGAAUUUUCUUCCACUGAAAAACAAAAAAUGUAACUUUGGUCCAGGUAUAGUUAAUAAAAGAUGAGUAACAUGAGCAAAACUAAGAAACAUUUUGUGUCAUAAAUAUCUGACAUGAAACAUUAGGGUUAUGGUGUUGGCACUGUUUGCUUCUGCCACUGUUUAUGUCUGGAUUUAGCACGUCUGAUAAUAUAUUUACCUGUCAAAAUAUUAUUAGUGAUUGGUACAUCAUCACAAGAAUAAUGCAGAGUAAUACUCUUAGUCUAUUAUGAUCACUGAAGAUUAAACUGUAUUUUGGCAAAAAAAACAAUGUCAAAGUUGUGAAUUAUGAGACAAAAUGAACAGUUUAAUUUGAAUCAGCAACAAAAGAACUAAAAUGAUGUCAUCAUCAUUUCAAAAUUUGAACUUUUUAAAAGUUGAAAUUUUAAGAUAAAUAUGUCCCUCAGUUUGUGUAAAACCUGUGGAAAGUUAUGAUGCAAAAUCAACUUAUUUCCCUCUUUAAAAGGGAAACGAUCUGCCUUGUAAACAAGGCACUAGGCUAAUAUUGUUUUAUAUAAACAUCAUAGGAAACGUUUGAAAUUGAGAUAAGAACAAUUUCCAGGUUUGGAUAGAAAGUGUAAUUUGUUCAGUCUAACUAUGAAUAUGCUCAUGUAUAAAAUAAUUUUUAUUAGUGUUUGGGAAUUUAAAAACAUUUACCAACUGAUGAUUUGAUUCAUUUGAAAUGUUUUAUUCCUCCUCAAGUAAAAUUUUGUUAAUCAAAAUUUUGACAAUAAUUUUUACCAUAAAUGUAUGAAAAAUCACUUAUGUUUACAUUCACCUUAUGUUCCCAGUGGGAUUUCUCUGAACUUCAACUCCAAAUAGCAAAUGAGAAGCGGACUUUGAGGGAAUGUUUAGCCAGUAUUGUAUUCUCCAUUCAGGAGUGCGGAGCACAAACCGCAGCUUCAGUCUUGCGGAUAACAACACACUUACUUUUAUAUGGCGGACAAAUAUUACACAUAGUAUUAUUUUUAAAAAAUGGGCACCUAAUCUUUGACUUGCAGAACAAAAUCACAAUCAGAGUAGCCUUAUAUUUAACUGGUGGUCGUUAGAGGUGUGAUACAACCAAGCUGUUUCCUAAAAGCUAAUAUUUGAGUCAAAGCACCUCAUUAAAAGAUCAACCACAUCCUGUCUACAGGACAUAUUAGAAAAAGAAUAAUCCGACUCAUGUAUUUCUCAUUUUUUGAAUGACAACAUAACCAGGGUGUAAAAAUGUGUUCAGAAUUGAUUUUGCUCAACUGAUCUUCUCACAUUAUGCACCUCCAGUAUGAGCUGUUUGACACCAGUAUUGGCUCCCUAAAUCCCAUCAGCUCCGGUCGAGGAGCAGGACAUAACCUGAGGAUUGAAAUCUGAACAUUUGCUCCCCCGGUGCUUAAAGACCUUAAACGGUGAUAUCACACCAACACUAAACUGUGCCUGGGAGGUACCUACUUAACACAUCUUAAGGUACAAAUGAUUCAGCUACAGCUUCAUAUCCCCACAUGGGAGGUUAAGCCUAAGAAUAACAUGCCCACAGGUUAGGAGAUUCAACAAGAACAUGACCAGCCUGGGAAUUGAUCCUCCAGUCAAGCGGAACAAACAAUCUGGAUAGCUUCUAACCGAUUUCCUUUAUCUGUGAAUUAAAAUAAUUUGUCUGGUUGUGGGGCUGCAGUGGCGCUGAUGCAUGGCUUACUUACACCUGCUUUAAUAAGCGGUAGAGUUGCAACAAAGAGAGGAUUCAUGCUAAGUCAUACAAAGGAGACAGAGCAUCCCAAGGGCUGAUAGUGUCUUUGGGCUGCAGGGAGCAAAAAGCAUAGACGCUAAAUUAAAAGGAGACAUUUAUGCAGAACAUCUCAUGAGUCGAAGGUGAAUAUGAUUUUGUAUGCCAGUGCUGCUAAAUCAUCAGCGUAAUUAAUGAUAAUUGGUGUGAAUGAGCAAAUAAUCCAAUAAGGUGUGAAGGCUGAGAUGUAAACAUCUUAAAUCAGAACUACUAUCAGACAUUAACUUAAUAGAUUUAAAUUAAUAAGUUAACAAAUACAAAAAACACCUUGUUGAGGAUUUGUUUAACAAUCAGAAAAGUGUUUUUUCUGUUGAAUAAAGUUUUAAUAUUUUCCUUGAGAAAAUGUAUAGAAUCCCAGAGUGUUAUUUAAAUAUUUAAUUCUGACAGUUAAACUGUCAACAAAUAAAAUAAAAAUGAUCCCAAAUGAUCCAAAGGAAGUCGUGAAAAUUGUAUGCUUUUGCCAGAAAUUUAAAUAUGUGCUAUAUAAUGUGAUAAGGUUUUGUUUUGUCUUAAAUAAACUGACAAAAUGGGAUAUGUUUUCUUUCUACGCAGCCAGUUCUGUAACCUGCUCUAAAAUGCCUUAUUAUUGACAUUCUCUACAGCAGAUAGACUGCAUGAAUUGAAAGUACUGCAGUAGUCUGAGCAUAAAAGCUAAUGUAACAGCCUUAGAGAAAUGUUGUCUUGACAUCAGAAUAAAAUCACACCUGUCUGGAAAGUCUUCUGAAAUGCAAAAUCGCGACACAAGUUGAAUUUGUAAUGAAGUACAAUACAGUUUGAUAGGAAACCUUUCAGAUUGCUUUUAACAAUUUAUCUCCUGCAGAGCAGAGUCACUGCUGCAAACACUGUCCAGAGGCUGGAUGCUUGCAUUUAAUCUACAUGAAUUCAUAUAAAAAUGCUAUUUAUUAAAAAUACAUGCUAAUGAAGGACCUUACUGCUAAAGCAUCAGUCAAGUAAAACCUUCUGGGACAUGUUUGAAGCUCUAUGGAGAAAACAGUUGACUUUUUCCACAGAGUGCAACAUUUUUAUGAAAUGAGGAGCACAGGUUUGAAACGGUGAACUAAUGUGUGCUUUGAAAACAAAAGCAGCUAUGAAAACAGAAGCAUAUCUUAUCACAGCACCUGUCCUCAGCCCUUUGAGUCUGCUUAGUAUUGAAGCUAAUGUGAAAUAACUUAAUUACACUGGCCUCCCUAUGUCAAGCUUUGAGAUUUCCCUCUUACAAGAAAUGGUGAAUCAAGUAGGUUUCUCCCUGUGGACACGAAUAAAGCGACACAAACCGCACCUAGUUACUAAGCCAUUAGUCUAAGAAAAGUGAGAAAUAUCAACUGCUUGCUGACUGAGAAAACUGUGUUUUUGUUUUGGCUGCAAACUGAGUUUCUCUAAUUGUGGGUCAAAUAAAAAGCAACUGAAGUACAUUGACUUUAGCAGUUAGGGUGAUAAAAUUUACAAAUCUUUUCAAAAUUUUAAAUAUCUUGAGAGACGGCACAAGUAAGAGUCGUACCUUGAAGCACUAAUAAACUAAAAACAGGUUGCAAUUAUAGUGCAGUUUGUUCAAAUGCCUUUUAAAAGUAUUCUUAAUUCUUGAACUUUUUCAGUAUGUUAAAUUACAAUCAAGCAAAUUUUUUUUUUGAACGGUACAUCUGGAAAGUAUUCACACUGCUUCACUGUUACUGCACAUUUUGUUAUAUUGCAGCAUUACUCCAUAUUGUAUUACAAUGAUCUCUUUUCUUAAAAUUAUAUAAACAAAUAUCCCACUAUGAUAAUGUGGAAAAGAAGUUUUGAGAUUUUUGCAUAUUUUGUAAAAAUAGAAAACCAAGAAAUCACAUUUAUGUAAGAAUUCAGUGCCUUAUGGCAUUUUUACAGCCUAAAUGGAGUCCACCUGUGGUAAAUUUAUUUGAUUGUACUUGAUUUGGAAAGGGACACACCUGUCUAUAUAAGGUACCAUAGUUGACUGUGCAGGUCAGAGGUCAAACAUGAAAUAUUGAAUCAAAGGAAUUGUCUGUAGACUAAGAUUGUCUUCAGGCACAACUUGAGGUGCUGAAAGAUUGUGAGAAGAGCCUUAAUUGUAGAGGUGACCGCUGGAGUUCUCUGAAAAUGACUGAUUGACUCCUUCCUUCCAACCUGAUGGAGCUUUAGAAGAGCUGAAAAGAAGAAAGAGCCAAACUGACUAAAGACUGUUGUGCUUAGUUUGUCAUUGCUGCCAUAAAUGACAGAAAGACUGAAUACUUAUGUAAAUAUAUAUUUUUUUCUAUUUCUAACAUUUGCAAAUACCUCCAAAGCCUUUUUCCACUUGUGUGUAGAAUUUUGAGGAAAGAGAUUAAUUUAUUACAAUUUGGAAGAAAGCUGAAACAAAACGUGGAAAAAGUGAAGUGCUGCUGUGAAUACUUUCUGGGUACUCUGUAACCUAAAUUCAGUGGAAUUAAAUGGAAAAUGUCUGUGCACAUCAAUUUUCAAGUCUAUUCCUAAAUUCUGUAGGUCUGGAGUUUGACUGGGAAAUGGUAACGCAUGGAUAUACUUGGAUCUUGUCCAUUUUAGCUCUGGCUAAAUGUCUAGAGUAAUCUUGUUAGCAAGUGAACCUCCAUCCAAGUCUUCUGAUGCCUUUAACUGUUUUUUUCUGGGAGUGGCCUGUAUUUGUGUCUCACAUUAACUCUAAUCAGUUUCUCUCUUCCUGCUAUAGAAAAGCUCCCCAAUAACAUGAUGGUGUCAGCACCAUUUUUGACCAUUUUUCAGCAAUGGUGAAAAAUGGUCAACUUAUAAGUUGCGUCAAUAGGAAGUUAAUUGUUUCCAAAUCUGGCAUGCUUUUGGAACCAAUUAACUUCCAUCAACUGAGAUCUUUUCAGAUUUUAUUAGUAAAACAGACAAACAAACAACCCCCCUCCCCCUCCCAGAAAAGAUAGAAAACCAUAGAUCUGUUUCCUUCCACUUGACAACUGUGAAAAAGUUCAGAGUUGGAAUACUUCAUACUCACUAUACUUUUUACCAAAA